AGAGGUUCAGGUGGCUCAGUGAAACGAGAACAUCGGUCGGGGCAGCCAGCGCCUCACACAGACGGUCGCACAUGGCGGCGCUCUCCACGCCGGGGUGGCUGCUGGCCCUGAGCGCGCUGGCCGCGUCGACGCCUCCCGAACAGGGUCAGCGCUGGGCCGUGAUCGCCGUGGGCUCGAAGGGCUUCUGGAAUUACCGCCACCAGGCGGAUGGCUGCCACGCCUACAAGCUGAUGCUCCAGAGCGGCAUCCCGGCCAGCAACAUCAUUCUGAUGAUGCAGGACGACGUGGCAAAUUCCAAGUCGAACCCAUUCCUGGGUGCACUGUACAACCGCCCUGGGUUCGACACUGCCAACGUCUACGCGGGGUGCAAAGCGGACUAUAAGGGCGACGUCGUCACGGCUCAGCUCUUCCUCGACGUCAUCACGGGCAACGAGUCUGCUGUCAACGGCGCGAAGGUGCUCAAGAGCGGGCCUGGCGACCGCGUGUUCCUGAACUUCAUCGACCACGGUGGGCCAGGCAUUGUCGCCUUCCCCAACGGGCCUCCGCUCCACAAGAUUCAGCUCGCGGCCGCGCUGAAGGCCAUGAAGGACGCGAGCAUGUUCAGGGAGCUGGUGUUCUACAUGGAGGCCUGCGAGAGCGGCUCAAUGUUCGAGGGCGAUGUGCUGCCCGAUGGCAGCAGCAUGUAUGCCGUGACCGCCGCGAAUGCCAAGGAGUCCUCUUGGGGCUACUACUGCAUGCCCGACGACCACGUGAUGGGAGUGGAUAUGCACACGUGCUUGGGCGACCUGUUUUCUAUUUCAUGGAUGGAGGACUCGGACAGGGGAGCUUUCGCAGCUGAGACGGUGGCAGAGCAGGUGAAGCUGGUGACGAGGCGUACCAACAAGAGCCACGUGAUGCAGUUUGGAGACAGUUCCAUCGCGGACGAGCCGAUCGGCAGGUUCGAGCUCGACUCCAAUGUCAGUGCCGUGGCCGAGCUCCCGACGCUAGUUGGAUCGGCUGUCGAUGUGCGAGACAUUCCCAAGCACCUCACAUACAUGAAGUGGCAGGCGCAGACCGAGGUCACCUUGAAGGCCGCCGCGUGGCGUGAGCACCUCGAGGUCCUCGAGGCCCGUGAAGCGGACGAGCUCGUCUUCAAGGGCAUCAUUUCUGAGGCCUGCCGGAGCAACGACGCCUGCGUGCAGAGCGUCGGGUCCUCCAAGCGCGCCAUCGUGGACGGGGAGUGCCACAAGAUGCUCGUGGACACCGUCUUUGACUUCUGCCCCAGCCGCCGGUCGGAUCACGAGGCGGGCGGCUGGAACGCGUUCAACAUGCAGUUCUCGCAAGUCUUGGUGAACUUGUGCGAGAUGAAGGGCGAGCUCGGCCGCAGUCCGUUGGAGCUCGAGGGCAUCGCGCGGGCCCGGUGUCGCGGCUCUGCCGGCGGUGGCCUCCCUACCCUCGUCGUGUGAGCCGAGGCUCGCGAGACAUGGGCGGAUUCGCGCGCCCUCGCUCCAGCGCAGGGCGCUUCCAGGGAAACUGGUGGAGAUGGCCGGGCUUGCGCGGGGGAUGAGGCGAGGCAUAGUAUGCAUGUUGAAUUUCGCGGCCGAGCGCUGCGUUUUGUGCAAAGGCAUAAUUUGGUUCGCGCCAUGCAGCGUUGUACACUGGGAUUGCCACGUGUACAUUCAUUGACCAUGAUCUUGGCUUGGAACCAGGGUUGGCGUGAUCGUCUUCCCUUUGCUGCAUGCUGAGGGCUCUCUCUCCUCAGCUUCGUCUUUCCAAGAGCACAUCGGCGUCCGUUUCUCCCCCCCCUGCCUCUGCACGCAGAGACUCGGUCUCAGUCCUCAUUUCACCCAGUCUUGGCCUCAUCGAACAGUUGCGCCAGGUGGCCGGCCGUUGGCCAGGGGCCGCCGGCCGUGCCGCCCAACGCUGGCGUGGCCAGGGCAGCGGCAGCACAGUGGAGGGGGCUUCGAGCAGUAAGACAAGAUCAUCCUUGUGAAGGGCCCGACCACAUGCAGUUGUGAGUACCGCAUUCUGGGUAUCGCAUUCGGUGGAGCUCCCUGCAGACAGUGAGCUAAGUUUGCGCGAUUUGAGAAUGCGGCCCGAAGUCCCAGAUCGCACGGAGGUGCCAGACUGUCGGUCCAGCCAGGCCAAGGGCCGUCGGCCCAGCCAGCCUGGGGACAAGGGUUUGGCGGUAGGUCGCGGGCGUUGGGCGCAGUGUUGGGUUCGAAAACGAGUGCAGGGGCCCCCGCAGAUGUUGACGAGGGUCCCCGUGCGGGAGUGUCAUCUUCUCCUCGGGCGUGAGAUCCGGGUACGGAUCCAAGGACUGCGAGGACGACUUGCGCAGGGGCACGGG